AUGGCAGCGGGAAGAAAAGACAAGCGACCAUUUGCCUCUUCUAACAAAAGAGGCCCAGGAGGUCCAGGAGGACAGGGCAGGUUCCAGAGGAAGCCACCCAUGAACAAGUCAAAGGAGGUUGUGCUGCAGCCACAUCCACGGUUUAAGGGGGUAUUUUUAUCCCGAGGAAAGGAAGAAACACUGGCUACUAAAAAUUUAACCCCGGGUGUUUCUGUGUACGGCGAGAAAAGAAUACUAGCAGGACCCGAUGAUGCAAAGGUAGAGUACAGGGCAUGGAACCCAUUCAGAAGUAAGCUGGCUGCUGGUAUUCUAGGGGGCCUGGAGAACAUUCACAUUGUUCCCGGAUCAAAGGUUUUAUAUCUUGGUGCAGCAUCAGGUACAAGUGUAUCUCACGUGUCUGACCUGGUUGGGCCAGAGGGAGUUGUGUACGCAGUGGAGUUCAGUCACAGAUCAGGAAGGGACCUGCUUGGGCUUGCAAAGAAGAGGCCAAACAUUGUUCCAAUCAUUGAAGAUGCAAGACUACCACAGAGGUACAGAAUGCUUGUCCCCAUGGUUGAUGUAAUAUUUGCUGAUGUUGCACAACCUGACCAGGCCCGUAUUGUUGGUCUGAAUGCCAAGUACUUCUUAAAGGAGAAAGGAGGAGUAGUUAUUUCCAUAAAGGCAAACUGCAUUGACUCAGUCAAAGCUCCUUCUGAAGUAUUUGCAAAUGAAGUGAACAUUCUUAGAAAGCUUGAAAUUAAGCCAAAGGAGCAAACCACACUAGAGCCAUACGAGAGAGACCACGCAAUUGUUGUGGGAAUAUACAGAGACUCAAAGUAAAAAGUGGUCUUUUAUAUUAGCAUCCAGCCAUGCCCGUGCGCGUUGAACUGUGCUUCUAGGGACGGCCAGCCUUUAUAAAUAAAGAUAAG